CAACACAGACAUAUUGACCAGUGCACAUUUUCUCGUUAAUUUCUUCGAUUCCUAGUUUCGUUAAUACUAUUACUAGUGACAUGCCUUGUCCGUCAAAAGUCAAAAGCCUUGUUGGAAUAAACUUGCAGACCAAAUCUCCUCCACAAUUUUCUUUUCUUUUUCUCUACCCAACAAACUUCAUUUCAUCUUUCUCUUCACAAUUUUCAAAUUCUUAUCAUCCAAUUUUCUCUUUCUUCACAAAAUUAGCCCCCACUCUCUCAAUUUCUUACAUCUUUGUCUCAGCUUUCAUUUGGUUGGUCCUUUCUUAUGGCUUGUACUUUGCAGUGAUUUUUAUCUGAAUUAUGUGCUAAAUCUAUGAACUGAAUGUGAUUUUCAGUGUCUUUUUUUUUCUUCCUAAAAAAGAAACAGAAAAUUUGCUUUUAGUCAGUUACAGUGAUUCUUAAUUGGGAGGGUAGGCGUUUGUGUGAGGGUCAAUUGGGUGAGUUCUUCAUUUCUUGUGACAAUUUUGUUUUAGUUUUGGAGUUUGGAGAUUGUGUUUGGUGUUGGUGGAUUAUUAUUUGAUUAUAAAUCCUCUUUCUUCCAUUUUUGUUGGGACUAGUUUCGGUUACUUUGUGUUUUUCUUGAUAAUGGAAAGGGGCAUGAAAAGUUAAGGGGAGAAGAACACUAGAAAGAGUUCUUUCAAAUUAUCCAUCCAUUCCUUCAUUCAUCUCUACUUGAUAACUUUCAUUUUCAGGCUUCAAACUUUUUAGGUUUUAACCACUUAUUGUCCUUGAAUUCUUGUUCCUAUGAGGAAAAAAUGGUGUAUUCUUUCAUUUUUACCAGCUUUCUUUCAAUUUUUCAUGCUACAAGGUUAGCUUUUGCAACCAUCAAUUCUUUGCAAGCUGAACCCAUCAAUCCUUUCUUUCUAUGUACACAUGACUUUACACUGAUUUUAAAUUAGGGGGUGAAUUUUGGUGUGGAUUUCUCCUUGCUCUUUAAUUUUUGCUGAUAUGGAGGAACAUAAAUCUGUUAUCUCCACCUGGGAACAAGAUCAACAUGUGGUUGCUGCUGCUCAGCACAUUUUGAAGGCACUAGCAACAAGUAAGAGUGUAUCUGAUGACUUGAGAAAAACCCUUUUGGAUCUUGAGACCCAGUUGUCUGCAAUUUCCACAGUCAAUGAGGAAACAGGAAGUGGCAUCAAGCAAUUAGAGAGACAGCUUAAGUGUGCUGAAGACAAGAUAAUGAGGUUGGAGGCAAACCCUUCUUCCAUGACAUGGGACUCUAGCCCCAAUGAGUCUUCUGAGUGUUUGAAAGUUGUUGGUGAAAUCCAAGCACUGACUCAGAGUUUGGAAAGCUUUUCUGUGGAUGAAAACUGGAAGCAGAAGGAACUUCUUGAGAGGGCUAAUUCAAUUCUGCAGGUUGCUAUGUCAAGGCUUGAGCAAGAGUUGGUCCACAUUCUUGGUCAACAUAAGCAAUACUUUGAGCCUGAGUACAUGUCUUUCCAUUCUAAUAGAGUGGAUAUGGUGUAUGAUGAAUUGUUUCAAUCAGUUGAGGAUGAACCAAUCGAUGAGACCCCGCAGAGUAGCAGCCAAUCCGAGGCCAGCACCAUUGAUCUGGUGAAUCCAGCAGUGAUUCAAAAUCUCAAGAGCAUUGCAAAUGCCAUGUUUGGCUCAAAAUACCAUCAGGAAUUCUGUCAGGUGUUCGUUACUUCCAGGAGGGAUGCUUUGGCUGAGUAUUUUGUCAUUCUUGAGAUGGAAAAAUUGUGCAUUGAGGAUGUGCUGAAAUUGGAUUGGCAUUGCCUGAACCGUGAGAUGAAGAAAUGGAUUCGAGCCAUGAAGAUCAUUGUUCGUGUGUAUCUUGUCAGUGAAAAGCGAUUAUGUAAGCAAAUCCUUGGAGACUUUGGAUCCUUUUACCAAUGUUGCUUUUCUGAAAUUUCUCAGAGUUUUAUGCUACACCUGUUGAAUUUUGGUGAGGCAGUGGCAAUGGGAACACACACACCAGAAAAAUUGUUUCGUUUACUUGACAUGUAUGAGGUUUUGGAGCUUCUUGCCGUGGAUGUAGACAUUUUGUUCUUUGAAGAAAUUGGUUCUUUUGUUAGGGGAGAGUUUCACAAGCUUCUAAGGAGAUUGGGUGAAACUGUCAAGUCUACAUUUCUGGCAUUCAGAAGUGCUGUUGCAACUAACCCUUCAAAGACCCCUUUGCCUCAAGGGGGAGUUCACCAUGCUACCAAGUAUGUCAUGAAUUACAUCAUGACACUAGCUGAAUAUGGUGACACCCUUAAUCUCCUUCUUGUUGAUGAAAGUUCAACCGAUCCUGCAGGCAACAAACAUGACACCCCAUCUCUCUCAUUGUGUCCAAUGGCUUGCCAAUUUCGCUCAAUCACCACAGCUCUAGAAUCCAACUUGGUCAACAAGUCCAAGUUAUACAAAGAUGUGGCUUUGCAACACUUUUUCAUGAUGAACAACAUUUAUUACAUGGUGCAAAAGGUCAAGUGCUCUGACCUGAGCCACUUCUUUGGAGACUGCUGGCUCCGCCAGCACACCGCCAAGUAUCAGCGCCAGGCAAGGUGCUAUGAAGGGGUCACUUGGGGCUCAGUACUUUCCAUGCUCAUGCAUGAUGGUGUGUCAAGUUGUGCUUCUCAGAGAACCUUGAAGAAAAGGUGCAAAGGGUUCAACACUGCCUUUGCUGAAGUAUACAAGACCCAAACAGGGUGGUGCAUAGCAGAACCUCAACUUCGUGAGGAUCUACAAAUUUCAGUGUCUCAGAUGGUGGUUCCUGCAUACAGCACAUACAUUGGGAGAAACUCAUCCAACAUUGCUGACAAGUAUAUCAAGUACACUGUUGAUGAUCUACAAAGUUAUAUUUUGGACCUCUUCCAAGGGUCACCAAAAUCUUUGCACUAUUCUCAUCACAGAAAGUGAAGGGUCUUGAGUUUCAUUUUUCAGAGAUCAUUGAUUCAUUGUAUAUAUUGCGUGUAAUUUGGCAAAAUGACAUCACAGUCUUAGUUUAGCUUAGGGAGGCAGUUACGUUUGUUUUCCAUUGACAUCAAAUAAAUUAAUAUGGUCUUACCUGUU